CAUUAUCCUCCAUCUUUUUCCUUGUGCCACUAUUUACUGUGCGAGAGGAAACCUUAUCUAAAGUUAUUUUUGCUACAGUUCCGUCCUACGUCACACUACAAUAGACAUGGACCAUAUGAUCAACUGGAAGGCCCUGGACAAUGUCCCUCUGCUCUUCUACAUCCUGGCAUUGAAGACCCUGAUCUUGUGUAUGGGCUUUGCGGGUGUGAAGAUGUAUCAGGCCAGGAAGGAGGAGGAGAAGCUGAAGAAGCUGAGGGCCGAGCAAAGAAAAAUUGCAGAGGCAGCACAGGAGUUGCUCGACAACAAGAAAGAUGACUGACCUGCAGGAAAAUGGAUAAAAGAAAGAAACCAUUUCACCUGACCAGUGUAGAGAUUUCCUUGCUUCGAAGAAUACGUCUUGUGCUCUGAUGUUCUAGAGGGGAAGCGUUGAAUGUAAAAUUUUCCUGUUGGACUACAUGCAUUGAACAGGCCUGAAGUUCUAGACAUCGCUGAUGGUGUGUCAGAUUCUUUCUUUUAUUUUUUACACAGACUGUUAACUUAAGAUCCACCAAAUGUUUUGUAAAUAAAGACUCUUUUUGUA